GAGGCUAGACCGCCGCUCUCUAUGGUGAAGGCAGCCUCGGUUGCUAGAGACAGAGGGUUUGUUUACUUCCGGCGGAGAGAGGCCCCUCCCCUUUCCCGCCUGCGUGCCAUGGGGGAGGCCGAGGAGCAGGUGCCCGCUCUUUCUUUUAUAGAAUCAGGUGCUGUAUUCACAUUUGGAAAAUGCAAAUUUGCAGAAAACGUGCCUAGCAAGUUCUGGUUUAAAAACGACAAGCCUUUGCACAUAUCCUGUGGAGAUGAACAUACUUCUGUUGUCACAGAAAAUGGUAAGCUUUAUAUGUUCGGAAGCAACAACUGGGGACAACUAGGAUUUGGAAGUAAGAAUGCCGUCAACAAGCCCACUUGUGUGAAAGCUUUAAAACCAGAAAAAGUAAAACUAGCUGCUUGUGGAAGAAACCACACUUUGAUUUGUACAGAACAAGGAAAUGUAUAUGCUGCUGGAGGGAACAGUGAAGGGCAGUUGGGAUUAGGUGACACAGAAGAACGCAGCACAUUUCAUCUAAUUAGUUUUUUUACCAAGCAGCACAAGAUCAAACAGCUGGCAGCUGGAUCCUACACAUCAGCAGUGCUAACUGAGGAUGGACAACUUGUUAUGUGGGGAGACAAUUCCGAAGGACAAAUUGGCUUGGGUGAUAAAGCUUAUGUGUCUGUUCCUCAUCAAGUGGACAUUGGAAAACCAGUCUCCUGCAUCUCUUGUGGGUAUUACCACUCUGCCUUAAUAACACAAGAUGGCGAGCUUUAUACUUUUGGGGAGCCUGAGAAUGGGAAACUAGGUUUGUCACCAAAGCAACUAAAAAACCACAAGCUUCCUCAACUUGUUUCUGGAAUUUCUGGUAAAGUCAGUAAAGUUGCAUGUGGAGGAGGACAUACAGUAGUACUUGCAGGAGAUGUCUACACUUUUGGCCUUGGUCAGUAUGGACAGCUUGGACAUGGCACAUUUGUUUUUGAAACCUCAGAACCAAAAACUGUGGAUCAUUUGGGAAAGCAUAAAAUUUGUCAUAUUGCAUGUGGGGAAAAUCAUACAGCUUUAAUAACAGAGAAUGGCCUCAUGUAUACCUUUGGAGAUGGACGGCAUGGCAAGUUAGGACUUGGGGAAGAAAAUUACACCAAUCAAUUUGUACCUACCUUAUGUUCCAAUUUUUUGAGAUUUAUUGUACAUUCGGUGGCCUGUGGUGGUUGUCAUAUGCUAGUUUUUGCCUCACCAAGGCAUAAAGAAUCAGAUAAAAGACAUACGACAGACCAAAAUGAACACAGCUUAUCUAAAAUAUUCACUGAAAUAGGUGAAGAUACAUUAGAAAUAGAGACAUUUCACCGAACGUUAUCAGCACGUGUACGGCGGAGAGAGAAGGAAAAAUCACCAGAACAAUUUAAUCGACUAGUGCGGACACUUCCUCCAUUGGGCGAAAGCUUCCUAAAGCCUGCAUCAAAUGGCAUAAGUGCUACUGUUCCCCUUGGUAUAUCCAGAGCAAAUCACUCUGAGUCACAGACAGCUGAGAGAGAAAAAGAGGCUGAAUCUGCUUUCGACUAUGAAACAGGUGAUAAGAAAGAAGAGAACAGUGGCACAGACGAGAGUUCAACGGAGGAUGAUUCAGAUGAAAAUGAGGGUAGAACCCUUGGGGACACCACAGAUGUCUUGAAUAUGACCCAUGUGAUGAGACUGAAUCCCAGCGAUCAAACACUAGAGUUAGCACCAAUUCAAAAAGAUAAGAAGAAAAAUAAAAAUGCAAAAGUGAACAUAGAUGGUAAGGGUGGGUUGAAAAAAUCUGAUCUCUCCCAGGUUCAGAAAGGAUUGAAAUCAGAUGAAACAUCUUCUGAAGUGGAACCUACACAUUCAGAGUGUUUAGGGGAAGAUCACACCACAGAAAAAAGCUCUUAUGAUGCAUUUGUGAGAAAAAUUAAGGCUGGCAAAAAUUAUACAAAAACUAAAUCUGAGCAGUCCAUUGCUGUUAGUGCAAUGAAAUGUGACACUCAACAGACUCUUAUAAAAGAAUUUAAAGGGAUGAAAAGGAAAGAAGUGGGUGAAAUAAAUUCCAGAUUAACGCAACAAGAGAUUCCUCUUAGUCUUAGUAGAGAUGAUAGGACAGAUACAUUAUUUGUGGAUCAUCAGGAAGAGAAAGCCAAGGCUAAAGCAAUGAAACCUGACAAAUGUGGGACUAUAUAUGUGGAAGCUACAGAAAGCAAAAAACAACAGAGUGAGUUGAAACACAAAGAAAAAAUAAUGAAACAAAUAGCAGUAACUGUGUCAUCUUCAUCAAGUGAAGAAACAAGCAACGGCUCAGCAAAAUAUGUUCUUCAGAUAAAUCAAUAUAAUUAUGAAAACAUGUCACAGAGUGAAAUGAAAAUAAAAAAUAGAAAUAUUCAGCAGGAUGAAAAGCAAUAUGCCUAUAAAAAGAGGGGGCACUUUGAAGAUACCAGUGAGCAAGAAGAGAUAGAUAAGAGAAUGAACAUAGAGGAGAAAUCAGAUAAGGAUGUUCAGACAGAAGAUAAUAUGGAAAGUAAGGAAGGCAGUGAAAAAAGUGAAAUGGUUGUGGAAGAGGCUGAAGGUGAGGAGCAAGAUGAAAAAGUUAGUGAAAAAGAGUCUGAAGGAGAUGGAGGUGAAAAUGUAAUUAGUGAGAACCAUAAGGAAGAUGUCAUUGUAGCCAUGGACAGAGAUGAAGAAGAUCAAUUGCAGUCCGACGCAGAAAACAGGGCUAAGCUGGAAGAUGGACUAGAAGGGAAUCAUCAAGUCAGAAGCCCUGAAGAAAAAAAUGAUACAGAUGCUGAACAGGAGGAAAAUGAAGAAGAAGCUUUAGAAGAGGUUGAAAAGGAAGGAAAAUCUGAAAACAUACCAGAGGGUACAUUUGUUGAUGGCAUAGUAGAGGAGGAACAAGAGAAGCAUAGUUGGGAGAAGGAGCAAGAAAAGGUGAACGAGGAGGAAAAAGAAGAAAGUUAUGAAGAAUCAAGAGAUGGAAAAGAAGAAGUGGGAGAAGGAAAGGGAGAUGGGAAGGAACAAAAGGCUGAAGAAAAGGAAAGUGAGAAGGAAAAUGAGGAAGGGGAAGAAGAAGAGGGAGAAGGUAUGGAAGAGGAGGAAAACAUGGAGGAAGAAGGGAUAGAGGAAGAGGAGGAUGAAGAGGAAGAUGAAACUGAGGAGGAAGCAGAAGCCGAAGAAGAAGGAGUAGAGGAAGAGGAGGAGGAAGUGGGAGAGAUGAUGGAAGAGGAGGAGGAGGUUGAAGAGGAGGAGGAAGAAGAAGAAGGAGUGGAGGAAGAUGAAGAGGAGCAGAAAAGUGUGGAAGAAGAAGAAAUAGAGGAGGAGGAAGAAGCAGAAGAGGAGGAGGAGGAGGAAGCAGAAGAAGAGGAGGAGGAAGAAGCAGAAGAGGAGGAGGAGGAGGAGGAAGAUCUGGAAGAAGAAGGAAAAGAAGAAGAAAAUGAAGAAGAAAUGGAAAAUAAAUCAGUUGAAGAGAGUGAAAGGGGGGAGGAGGAGGAAGAAGAGGAGGAAGAUGAAGAUGAGGUAAAAAAGAAAGACAGCCAAGAGGAGGGGGAAGAUGAGCAUGAAGAGGAAGAAGAAGAGGAAGAAAAAGUAGGCAGGAAAGCCAAAGGUCACAAACAACAAGAUAAUAAUAAAAGCAGAAAGCUGGAGACAAACGGUAAAAUAAAAAUUCCUAAACAAAAAGUGACAUCAAAACAACAUGCAGUGAAUGGACUGCAACAUUCACAACAGUUUUGGAACAAUGUGCUCCCACAUUAUUUAACACUAAAAUAACCCUGGAGGUAGAUUUCUCAGUGAUUUCCAUUUUACUGUGCCAAAUGUUAAUCCUAACUUUUUUUAACUAAAAGAAAUGCUGAAAGCUUUUAUAAAACUACCUCAAUUUUCAGGUUUUAAAGAGCACUUUAAAAUAACCAUCCAACUGUCAAAAUCUGUCUCUAAGUCAGGUACAGUGUUUACAACUAUCUCAUGUUUGUAGCCAGGGAUUUGCCUAUGCUGAGUGUACAUUUCCUGAUGUGGGGCUAGACUGACUUGUGCCGCUUCCAAAGAAGUGCCCUGUGUUCAUCAGUAUAUCAUAUUUCUCUGCUGCUUUUGAGGGCUUCGUAUGUUCUUCUAUUUGCUUUAUAACACAACGGUAAGAACAAUCCUACAAAGUAGGUCAGUAGUAUUAUCCCUAUAUUAUUGACAGACAGAGGAAAAGCUGAAGUAAUACACCUAAGGGUUUGUAUCUGUUGAGUUCAUUGGAGAAGCAAGAGGUCUCUAAGCAUGUUAAGAUUGUUCACUGUAUCUCAUUCUAACACAUGCUCGAAAGCUGUCCAUAGCUCUCUUGGAAUCUGCACUUUUUAUCCAGAGGCUAUUCUACAGGGUGGGCUGUUUCCAUUUGCUGAAGGCUUCUGAGCCAUUGACAUAUUUUUGCAGAUAGAGUGAAAAGAAGCUUAUCUUUGCUGAGCCCCUGCUGGUCCUGCCCAACCCACCCCCCUUUCCUCUGGAAAAGGAUGAAUCACUGGUGAGACUGGGGGCUGCAGAGGGUCCCGCUGGCAGGGGAAACUGUUGAAUCCAAUCCUCUAAAAAACACUAUGACCACAUGCAGCUUCCGUAGUCCAGCUUUGCAUUUUCAAAAUUCAGGGCGCAUUUUGGGGACUGUAGACAAUACAGUAACACAUGGUUGUGUAUAGAUGAACUCUCUGGCUGCAGUUGUAGUAGUGAAAUAGGGAAUGUGACAGGAUAGGGGAAUAGGAACACUUUUGGGGCCAGUAACUAAGAGCAGCUCUUUCUAGUGUGCCCUGCUUGCAAGAUACCUGGAAGUAUUGGCUUAUUAGUAUUGACAGUCACUGGUAUACACAUGCCUUAAAAGGGCUUCCUUAUCUAAUCAGACUCCCCCCACCCCAAUUCAGUGCACAUACUGAUGAAGGCAAAGCAUCUUGAUGCAGUUCAGACAAACAAGUUCAUGAAUGAUUUAUACAAGGAUGUGAUUUUAUUGUCAUUUUUCCAAGCAUUUCUAUAACCACAGUGAAGACAGUGUAAUGUAUAUGAUGUGCCUUAUAAAAUCAUAAUAAAUAUUAAGGUACAUCUUUAAAAUAUAGUCUGUUGUGUUAAUUCUUGUUCAUUGUUAGGUGACUGUAUGUGUAGGUGAGUAUGUAUGCCUAUUUUGGAACACUGGUUGCUUUAAAAGAAUUGAAUAUAAUCAUUUUUACCAUUGUACAUAGUUGUAACAUAACGUUUUUGAAUGGUUUUGAGAGAUAAUCAUCUUGGAGGGAAAUCUUCCUUAAGACAAUUUAGGAUUUUAUGUCCCCAGUACAAGUUAUGUUCCUAAUGAUACCUAUUCUACACCUCUGGCCAUAUACCUCUGACAUGUGUUAUACAUCACUUUGUUUUAAGGCAUGAUAAUUAUACAGGAGGGAAAUAUCAGUGACUGAACCAGCAGUUGGAUUGAUAAUAAGAGAUUAUUUGAAUUGAAGCUCAUUCAGGACCUCUAUGUCGCAGUAUUAAUUUCCUAUAUAAGCACUUUAUUUUUUAAAAAAAAACAUGCAGAGUAAAGUUGUUUUCCAUAUUUAACAGAAAUUGAUUCCUUUGUAUUUGAUACAUGCAUAAGGUAUUAUGCAGAAAAAUAAUUUCCAUAACAUAAUAAAACUCAUAAGCAAUCUGUAGAGGAAACUACUGACCCAGUUCUGUUCUCAAAAGCCUUGUCUCUCCAGCCUCACACUCCCAUGUAAUGUAUUAAUAAUGUAUAACCAUUAGAUGACAUUUGCCCAAUUUCUACAGUGUUUAUGGAUUCUGCAACCAUCAUCCAAGUCACAGUAUUUAUGCUUUAAAAGGGCUUUGAAGUAUAAAGUUGAAAUGGAAUGUGAUGUGGAUUUUUUUCCUUUUUAAGAUAGUCAACAUGCAUGGACUUUGCUGCUGUUUGGAAAAGUGUGUGUGCAUCCACACUGGUUUUUCAUUUUCAACAAGGAAUGGGCAUCUGCCAGGCUUGAAGAGGUUAUAUUGACCCUAUCCAUUUUGUCCCCCACACUCCCCACUCCAAAUUUGCCCCAGAAUUGCCCAUAGCACUGUAAAUAUCUUAAUUGCAAGUCAUUUUGCCCCAAGGGGGUAUUACUUUUUUAGUCCCUAAUCAGCUGUUGUUCCAAAUACUGAGUGACUUACUUUCCCCUAUCUGCUCAAAAAAGAUUAAAUGCCUGAAAAUGUGGCAAAAUGGUCCCUAUUUUUGGGCAAACUAUAUACAGACCCCCCACUCCCCGAAUUUGGGGAGCAGAAGCCUUUGGUGUUUGCAAUGCUGCCCAUGGGCUGUACUUUACUCCUGCCCUGAGAGUUCUCACAAAGUUCAAAUGAUGAAAUAAUUCCAAUAUUGAGGGAUAAAUUGUGUUGAUGUAGAGGGCCCUAUAGUUCACAGGAAUAGUUUUGGGACAACAAAGUGAAUACCAUUUGUUGUACUAACUCCUUGGCUUCACGUGCCAGUAAUCAUCUAUACAUAAGGUCAUUUUGGCUUUUUUUGUUUCUGAGUCAAUUUACAAAAGUUCAAAGAUUGCCUAUAUGGAUAGAUUGUUAGAGCUGGGAAAAUAUUGAAGAGGCAUUGGUAUUGCAAAUGAUAUUAUUGCUAAAAUUGUAAUCAUAAUCCUGUUUGAUUUUGGCUGCUAGGUAAGUUCAGCCAUGGUUAGCACUGGGAUGGGAAACUGCCAACAAAGACCAGGUGCUGGAGGAAUGAACUGAAUCAGACAUCCGAAGAGGAAGAGAGUGGAAGCAGUGGUGAAGAAGAGGAAGUGGACAGUAACGAAAAAGAAGCAGACAAACACAAGGGAGAUGAACAAGAUGCUGUGGAGCAUGAUAAC